UUCCAUGUUAAACUUGUGGCCAAUAAAAUACCCCCAAGUAACGUUAACGAUUCCAAUUCAACUCUAAUCCGCCACUCCAAUUUCAAUUCAAAAACCCUAGAAUCGACAUAGAAAUUAAGAUUUAAGAGUAUGAACAUUGGUGCAAUUUCAAUGCCAUUUUCAUCAUCAGCUUUAAAUUACUGCUAUUUUCGUAGCUCUUGUUUUCCAUCAUCUUCAUCAUCUUUUUCGUCUUCUCUAAUUUUGAAAACCCUAACAUUUUCGUCUGCAAAUUCGAAUUGGAGAAUGACCAAUUUUGCUUGUUUAUCAUCUUCUGCUGAAUCUACUACUACCUCCGAGGGAAAUACGACGUCGUCUUCUGGUGUUGGUCCGCUUCAGGUUAAGCCUAAGCCUAAACCUUGGCUUCUUGUUGGUCUUGGAAAUCCUGGCAAAAAGUACAACGGCACUCGUCAUAAUGUUGGCUUUGAGAUGGUAGACACCAUAGCAGAAGCGGAAGGGAUUUCAAUGAGUAGUGUUUCUUUUAAAGCUUCAUUUGGGAAAGGUUACAUUGGAAAAGUUCCAGUUAUCCUAUCCAAGCCACAAACUUUCAUGAAUGUCAGUGGUGAGUCUGUCGGUCCUAUGGUUUCGUAUUAUAAGAUCCCCCUGAAUCAAGUACUGGUGAUUUAUGAUGAUUUGGAUCUGUCUUUUGCGAGAUUGCGGCUUUUACCGAAGGGCGGUCAUGGAGGUCACAACGGGAUGAGAAGUGUCAUUGAUCAUUUCAAAGGAAACCGCGACUUUCCACGUUUAAGAAUAGGAAUUGGGCGGCCUCCUGGAAAGAUGGACGCUGCAAAUUUUGUUCUUCGUCCAUUCAGUAAACAAGAACGCGAAGAGCUAUACUGCAAUGUUCCCAGUCAACCUGUCACACAACAACCAACAAGCACAACAAGAAUAUGGAAGAAGAGAGCUUUUGAUUAAUACACCAAAUAGGUGGAAGUUUGAGUUACACUUCUAGUAGCUUGAGGCCACCAAUCUCCUUAGUAACUUCAGGUUACCAAUCUCUACACAACUCACAAAUUACACAAUCCUCUCUCUCUCUUCCUUUCUUCUAUUUAUGCACUAGGACUAAUAUCUAGUACGGUUCAUUAAUUGCUUGCUGCUGCUGCUUUUGUUGUGUAGUGUGGCAACGCUCCUUUGCUCCCACUCCUCUCUUCACUGUGAUAUUGGUCUUCUGUUGCAGCAGUCAUUUGUCCCUUCUGCUUUAGCCUCCUGCUGUACACCAAGGGAACACGUGUAGGGUCAGGAUGGUUCAUUACAUUACCUCGCCCCAAAAGACUCACCUUGUCCUCAAGGUGGAAGUCCGGGAAACGAUCUUGAAGCAUGGCAGCCUCCUCCCAAGUGGCUUCAAAUGUCUGCAGCCCUUUCCAUUUGACCAAGACUUCCACUAUCACUUCUGCACCUCUCCUGUUAUGGCGCAUCUUCUAACUCACUGGUCAGCUGGUCGGGAAUUGAAGCAGAGAUCACCUGAGUACCCACAGCUCUCCUCAACUGAGACACGUGGAACACGUGGAAAACUGGGUGUAUUUUACAUGUGUGAGGCAAUUUUAACUUGUAAGCAACAUGGCCUAUCCUCUGAAGCACCUCAUAGGGCCCGUAGAAUCUUGCAGCCAGUUUUUCGAAAGGCCGUUUGGCUAGUGAUCGUUGCCUAUAGGGUUGAAGUUUUAGGAAGACCGCAUCCCCAACCUCAAACUGCUCAUCCCUCCUUUUCUUGUCUGCAUUUUCUUUCAUCACUUGCUGGGCUUUAAACAAGUUAAUUCUUAACUCAUCCAGCAUAUAGUCCCUCUCCUUCAAGGUCUCCUCUACACUGCCAACAGUUGUAUGGUGAUCACCAACGCGCCACAAUUUUGGUGGGUCCUUGCCGUAUACUAUCGUGAAUGGGGACACUUUUGUGGACAAGUGCGGGGAUGUAUUGUACGAGUAUUCGGCCCAAUGCAGCCAUUUGGCCCACUCCUUGGGCUUUUCUCCGGCAAAACACCUCAAGUAGGUUUCAAGACCUUUGUUCACAUUCUCGGUCUGCCCAUCUGUUUGUGGGUGGUAGGAAGUGCUUCGUUUCAGUUCGGUCCCAUUGAGUCUAAAGAGCUCUUUCCAGAAAACACUCAAGAAAACUCGAUCACGAUCAGAAACGAUUGAUGUCGGAAACCCAUGUAGCCUCACCACUUCCUUGACAAAGUUAUGAGCCACAGUUAAGGCGGUGAAGGGGUGUUUUAGCCCGAUAAAAUGAGCGUACUUGGACAAUCUGUCCACCACCACAAGAAUUGAAUUGAACCCCUUGGACAGUGGCAAUCCUUCUACGAAAUCCAUGGUUACCUCUUCCCAUACGGCUGUGGGGAUGGGCAGUGGUUGGAGCAAACGUGCUGGGCUUCGUUGGGAGUGUUUGUUUUUCUGACAUGUUACACACUUCUGUACGUGGUCCGCGAUCUGUUUGCGCAUCCCCUGCCAAUACCAUUCCGAGGCCAAUCUUAAGUACGUUUUGACCUCCCCCGAGUGACCCCCCGUAGGUGAGUCAUGAUACUCCCGUAGUAGAUUGGGUAUGAAAGAUGAAGACUUUGUGAGUACCAUUCUUCCCUUGUAUAGCAGCUUACCCUCCACCAAAUGAAAUCCCUUCAUCUCUUUCCCUGCAAUCAGAUCUGCCUUGAGUUUCUGGAGCAUCUUGUCCUUCUCAACUUCUUCCUCCAGAGCCUCCCAAUCGAUUCCCUGAGAGGAAAUCAACGCCCCCAACUCAUGACUGCCAUAUUCCAGUGUCCCUUCCUCCUUUCUGGAUAGGGCAUCAGCAACCCUAUUCGAAGUGCCGGGCUUAUAUUGAAUCUCAAAAUCAAACCCAAUAAGCUUCCUUACCCACCUCUGGUAGUCAGCCCCAAUCUCCCUUUGUUGAUUGAUGUGACGUAGGCUUUGCUGAUCGGUCCGUAUGAUAAAGUGACGACCCAUCAGAUAAUGCUUCCACUUUUGGACCGCUAGACAUACGGCCAUCAACUCCUUCUCGUAGAUGGACUUAUCCCGAGCUCUCGGCCCGAGUAUCCGACUGUGGAAAGCAAUUGGCUUGCCUUCCUGCAUCAUUACGGCACCUAAGCCAUGACCCGAAGCAUCUGUUUCGAUGACAAACGCUUUAUGGAAGUUGGGCAUUGCAAGCACGGUGGCUGUGAUCAUGGCUUCUUUUAAUUUUUCGAACGCCCUGGUGGCUGUCUCGGUCCACCCGAAUGAGUCUUUGCGCAGCUGGUCAGUUAAGGGCUGUGCUAUAUGGGCGUAGCCGGCUAUGAAUUUGUGGUAAUAGCCCGUGAGGCCCAGAAAACCACGUAGUUCCCUCAAGUUGCGUGGAGUGCUCCACUCUUUCAUGGCUUGAAUUUUCUCCUGGUCGACGGCCACACCUUGACCCGAAAUCACGUGACCUAGGUAUGCCACCUCCUGCUUCCCAAAUUCACAUUUUUUGAAAUUUGCAAAUAAUUGAUUUUCCUCUAGAGCAGCCAGUACUAACUUCAUAUGCCUGCUAUGCUCACUUUCACAGGAACUAUAAACAAGAAUGUCAUCAAAAAAUACGAGUACAAAUUUUCGUAAAUAAGAACGGAAUACCUCAUUCAUGAGUGAUUGAAAAGUUGCCGGGGCAUUGGUUAACCCGAAUGGCAUCACCAGAAAUUCGUAGUGCCCCUCAUGAGUCCGGAAAGCGGUUUUGGGAGUGUCUUCCGGGCGGACUAGUAUCUGAUGGUAACCGGCUUUCAAAUCAAGUUUUGAAAACACCUUAGCGCCAUGAAGCUCGUCCAAUAGCUCAUCAAUCACCGGAAUCGGGUACAAUCGGGUACUUGUCCGGCACCGUCUCCUUAUUCAAGGCCCGAUAGUCGACACAAAAUCUCCAAGACCCGUCUUUCUUCUUCACCAACAACACGGGACUCGAAUACGGGCUGGUGGAAGGCUUAAUAAUUCCAGCAUCCAACAUUUCACAGAUCAACCUCUCAAUCUCGUCUUUCUGGAUUUGUGGAUAACGGUAUGGUCUCACACCCAGCGGGUUGCUGCCCUCUUUCAUUGUGAUCGCGUGCUCGUGUCCUCUGACCGGAGGUAACCCCUUGGGCUGCUCAAACACCCCCUUAAAUUCCUCUAAUAACCCACGCAAGAAAGGGGGAGGGUCUGCCCCAGCCUUGGCUUCCUCUUCUAGUUUGUUGAACUCCACCAAAAUACCCCCUCCUUCCUUCCGUAACACCUUCAUCAUUGCCUUCAAGGAUAUUCUCGAGCGAGCCAGUGACGGGUCACCCCUAAGUGUGACGAGCCACUGAAUGCCAAGAAUUAUGUCUGAAUUUCCUAACUCCAGAGGCAGAAAGUCCUCCGUGACUAUGGUGUCUUCGUUGAGCCUGAGGGGUACUUCCUUGCAAAUGCCCGUACCUCGUACCGCGGCACCGUUCCCGAGUGACACUCCAAACUCCCCGGAUUUGGUGACUGGAAUUUUCAAUUGUUCCACUGCCUUGACAGAGAUGAAGUUAUGGGUAGCCCCCGGGUCGACCAUUACUACCACCUCCCCUUCCCCGAUUUUCCCCAGCAACUUCAACGUUUUUGGGUUGGUAAUACCCACAAUUGAAUUAAUACACAGAGGUUGUCUGAAUUUCUUCUUCAUCAGGUAUCUCCAUGGCUCGAAAUUCAUUGUCUUCCCCUUCCUCUUCUACCUCGUCCUCAUCUACCAACAGUACACUUACCUCCUUCCUUUUGCAUUGAUGCCCUACUCCCCAUCUCUCAUCACAUCGGAAGCAAAGCCCUUUCGCCCUCUUUUCCUGUAGUUCCCGAUCAGUCAGACGCCGUGUCUCCCCGGAGAAUCUCGCCGACGACGCGGUGGAUUUGGCCGGAGCUAUGGUGUUGGAGCCUUCGUAAGAAUUUACAGAUGUUGUAGUGGGUGUUUUAAAACCCCCUCCCCUGGCAGUUGGGUUGUAAUGGUUUGAACCCAACCCAUGAGAUUGGGCCUUGGAAACAGAACUGUUAAGUGGAGAAGAAUUUGGGCCUUUACUGAAAUAAGAGAACUGGCCUGUUUUUGCUGACCCAUUUAUGCUUCUUUGCAACCCAUUAACCCGGUUUCUCUCUUCGACCCGAACUGCUAAAUCCAUCAUGUCGUCCAACGUAUAAGGAUUCAGCACCCUAAUUUCUGCUUUAAUGUCAGCCUUCAACCCAUUAAUGAAUUGCCCCAUCAUGAUACUAUCUGGCACAUCCUCUAGAGGAGACGCUAACUCGAUAAAGCGGCGUUGGUACUCCUCCACCGUUGUCGUUUGUGUCGCCGCCAGCCACUGCUCGUGAAGGCUUCCCGAGUUGGUGGGCCGAUAUUUGGCUAAGAUCUUGAUUUUCAGUUCAGCCCAGGUCUUUAUCGGUCGCCGCCGUGACUCGAAGGUAAACCAUCUUAGCGCAUCCCCCUCCAUAGAAACCACCGCUGCCUCCAUCUUCUCACUCUCACUUAAUCUGUAAAAUUCAAAAUACUUCUCUCCCCUGAGAAUCCACCCAUCAGGAUCACUGCCCUCAAACAACGGCAUGUCCAGCUUCCGGUACUUCCAGUGACCGCCCCCUCCUCCGUCCUCAUACCCGCCUCCUCUUCCAAAGCCCCUUCCGUUCCGUGGUACCCUGACCUCCGAGAAAUUUUCCUCCUCCUCUGCCGCGAACGGUUGUGGUUGCCCUGGCACCUGCGCCAUUAAUGCCUUAACUUCCUCUUGGAACUUUUCUUGCGCCUUGCUCAAGAUCUCCAUUUGGUUGUUUUGUUCCACCCUAAACCUGUCCAGCCUUCCUUCCAGACGAGUAGUGGCCUCAUUCACCAUAUCUCUGUUUUUCUGUUGCUCCUCCUCACUCUUGGCCGCAAAAUUCUUGGUUAAAGUUUCUUGGAAGGCAGCCAUUCCUUCAGCUAAGGUUUGCUGUAUCGUCGCCUCCAUUCCUUCCAUCCUCUGAUUCACCUCUGCGAACCCAUUUUCUAACGCCUCCAACCUCUGUGAAUUUGGUUGUACCAUGGUUGUUCUCCCUGGGAUCGUGGCUGCUCUGAUACCAAGUGCAAUGUUCCCAGUCAACCUGUCACACAACAACCAACAAGCACAACAAGAAUAUGGAAGAAGAGAGCUUUUGAUUAAUACACCAAAUAGGUGGAAGUUUGAGUUACACUUCUAGUAGCUUGAGCCCACCAAUCUCCUUAGUAACUUCAGGUUAUCAAUCUCUACACAACUCACAAAUUACACAAUCCUCUCUCUCUCUUCCUUUCUUCUAUUUAUGCACUAGGACUAAUAUCUAGUACGGUUCAUUAAUUGCUUGCUGCUGCUGCUUUUGUUGUGUAGUGUGGCAACGCUCCUUUGCUCCCACUCCUCUCUUCACUGUGAUAUUGGUCUUCUGUUGCAGCAGUCAUUUGUCCCUUCUGCUUUAGCCUCCUGCUGUACACCAAGGGAACACGUGUAGGGUCAGGAUGGUUCAUUACAUAUACCUGGGAGUUGGUUUGCGGGCCUCUGUUAAGUUUCACGGCAUAUUCAAAUUUUAGGGAGUUAUGAUUGUAUAUUUUUUGCUCCACGUUGCAUCUUGACAUUGUGAAUAUGGAGAAAGUUCUAUUUUCAAUUUGGAGUUUUUGAAGAAACCCCUUUAGUUAAUUUAAGUGAAACAAAAAAAAAGCCAUUUUUGAAAUAAAAAUAUCAUACAACAAUGGUUAAGCUGAACCCACAUACGGUUGUUAAAUUGCUCUUGCUUAUCAUUCUGAUUGCCUGUGUUUUUUGUGCCAAAAUCUCAAUCAAGUUUUCCCUAAAUGGAUGCCAUUUUUUUGA